AUGUCCACCACGCCACAAGCCGUAUCCGCCUCCAAUGCAUCCCAAGAUGCGAAGGGUGAUGCGCCGCCUCAAGGACUCAGCAGCAGCACGAGCACGACGGGCGCGGCGGACAAACAGGGCACAUUCACGCUCCUCCUCUUCGCCUCCGCCUCCACGGUCGCCAACAACACCGACUCCCUCACGCUGGAGGCGCCCAUGACGUUGAAGCAGCUGUUUGAGAUGCUGGAGGAAAAGUUUCCCGGCAUGAAGAGGAAGGUGUUGAGGAGUGCGGCGGUGACGGUCAAUUUGGAGUAUGUGGAUUUUGAGGUUGGGGAGGAUGGCGGGGUUGUUGAGCUGGAUGAUGUGCAGGGGGACGGGAAGGUGUGGUUGAGGGCUGGGGAUGAGGUGGCUGUUGUGCCGCCUGUUAGUAGUGGGUAG